CCCAACUAUGGCGCUGGGUACCCUCUUCCCAAUUCUUAUCCUAUUUCUAUCUACUACCCCUGCAUACACACAACGCGGACUACGCGCGACCAACAUCGAGGAUAUCUAUUCCUAUCCGAGGUACCGCGUGUCGUUUUUGAAUGGGUUUCCGGUCAGCAAUGCAACGGCGGAGCGAUGGUUGAAGGACGGCCUGGAGGGUGGAGAAAGUGAAUUUAUGGGGGAGAACAGUGACGGAUGGGGGAAGCAGGGGCAGAUAGAGGGAUCUGCGGAGGACACUAAUUCACCACUGCGAUCACGACUGGAACGCAUGGCCCUCGAGCCUAAUCAAUCCUACCUCUGUCUACUACCAAGCUCAGCCCCAAGUACACCUACACCACCAGAGACCUUUCCUACACAUCAUUCCAAUCCUAUCGCAUCUUGGCCACUUCUCGAACCCUUGAAUGGGAAAUGCUUCUACCUGCGACAGGGCUGGUUCACGUAUUCGUAUUGCCACAAUGAUCAAGUUCGUCAAUUCAGAGAAAUGGCGCACUCACACCCACACCCACCCGGGGGGAGAAUACCGGAGGAAGAUCCAAAUUAUGAAGCAUAUACGCUCGGGGUCUCGCCCAUGCACAAUGUAGAAAAUUGGGAACUCGCCCUUCAAAUCCAAAAUAAUCUGGAGCUCCGUGGGACUGGGAAGCGCUAUCUGGUGCAAACAUGGAGCGAUGGAACAGUCUGCGACAAAUCCGGCCGAGGGCGAGAAGUCGAGAUUCAGUUCCACUGCUCGAUGACGACCACCGAUGGCAUUCUGCUUGUCAAAGAAACCCGGACAUGUCAAUAUGUUCUCGUCCUUCAAACUCCAAGGCUAUGCAGCGAACCUGGUUUCCGUUCAGAGCGCGACGCUGAGCCAGUGAAUGUCGUACACUGCAGAGAAGUCGUUGAAACUACCCCAUCCGUCAACCUGGGUGCUUCUCGAACAGAGGAUUACGUGCCUGGCACACCGGGUGCGACGCUCGAUCUGACUUGGGCCGAUAAGGCGUUCGCGAUGCCAAAAGAUAAGCGUGCACAGCUGCCGGAAGGACAAGGUGAAGACUCAGCGACACACGGCCAGGCACCUGCGGAUGGAUAUGGGCAGGAGGAAGCGAAGAGACAGCGAGGCAAGAGGACGAUGGAGCUGAUCAGCAGCUUGCAACAGCUGCUGAUGGGCAAUCCAGAAGACUUGCAGGAGCUCAACAUCCAGUUCCAGGAGGGCGACGAUGGCGCUGCGAUGUUGAUCAUUGACCUUGGCGAAGAGCCGAUUGAUCUUGGGGAUGAAGGAGAGGACAAAGGACAUCAACCUGCUGCCGGGACUGCAGAGUCGAAGGCGUCGAAGUCCAUGAGCGACCGAUUCAGAAAGGCGAUGAAUUCGCUUGCUUCUACACGAGGGCAGAGGGUAGAUGACGACCAGCGGUUUGACGAUGACGGGUAUGAUCACGAGGAUGCGUUUCAACCGCAUGUGCUGCAUGAGGAGUUAUAG